AUGGGUCAACUGUGUGGACGAUGCCUGCAGCUGCUGCAGGACUUUGUGGCCGUAGUUCGGAGGACGUCCGCAGAGCUGCUGCACGGCAUUAAGGAGUGCUUAAUUCUGAUAAGCAACUGCUCUUGCCUAAAACAAAGCAGCUCUAAGGGCAGACAGCUGUACAAGCCCAUCCUGCAGCCUCAUGAGAAGGUGACAGCACAAGAGUUUCUGCAGCACAUCGAAACAGGUUUUGAAAUGUCACCACUUGGAAAGGAUCCCCUGGAAGCCUUAAGGACCUUAGCGUUUUCAGAAAACCCAGGGUUACAACAGUCCGCAGCUCUCUACUAUUUGCAUAUGAGUCAGCACAUGAACAUCCCCCUGCCUGUGGAGCACCUGGAACCCUUCUAUGCCUUACUGCGGUCUGCUGAUCUGGAGGUGCAACAAACGUCAUCCUUGUCCCUUGUCAACUUUUUACUGGAAGGAAACAUUGACAAAGAGCUAGUUGUCCAAAUGGGUUUACUUGAGCCAAUUCUGGAGCUGCUUGAGUCAGGGGAUCCCACUGUCCAGUGCAAUUCCUGUGCCUGCGCCAUGACUUUGGCCAUCUCAGAGUCAAACCAGGAGGCUAUUGGUGCUGCUCAAGGAGUUACACCUUUGUUGGCUCUUGCCAAUUCCUAUGAUCCUAGAGUCCAACAAAAUGCAGUUGGUGCUAUUCUCAACCUCACACAAUCAGAGAAAAUCCAGGAGGUCCUAUGCAAGGAAGGAGCCCUCCCAAUUCUCACUUUGCUGUUGGAGUCUCCUGACUCAGAAGUGCAGUAUUACAGCUGCACUGCUCUGAGCAACAUGGCAGCCAACGCACGGCACCACCCAGCCAUGCUGAGGACAGGUGACAGGUUCCUGCUGCGGGCCCUUGUCUCCCUCCUGUCUUCUUCUGUGGAUAAGGUUUCAAGCCAGGCAUGUGUUUGCCUAAGAAAUUUAGCCACCAGUGAGGAUAUUCAGGUUGAGAUCGUUGCUCACAACAUCCUGCCCAAGCUGCUUUUCCUCCUGGCAUCUGGCAAUAAGGACGUCCGUCAUGCCGCCAUUGCACUGCUCUGGAUACUGUCCCAGCACCCACGCAACCAGGAUGCUCUGACAUGUGCAGAGCUGCUGCAGAGCCUGGGAAUGCUACUGUCAGUGCAGAAAACGGACCCUGUCAUUGCUGGCCAUACUGCCUGUAUCAUCCAAAACCUGAGUCUUUCCCAAAACAGACAGAGAAUCUUUGAGAGCCCGUGUAUUGAAGGUCUCCUGCAGACCAUGCUUUCUACUGACAUUCAAGAAGACUCUCUUCAUUAUGUGACAUCUUGCCUUGCCGAGUUAGCAAAGCAAGAAGGAGCCGCGUUACACGUGCUUCAGUGGAUGGACGAGCCCUUGACAAAGUGCUUGGUGGGACUGGCUGGCCAGCUGGGUCGUACGGAGCCGUCCUUUCAGGCUGCCUCCAUCCUCCAGCACCUGAUAGGUCACGAAAAGAUGAUGCUUUUGUUGAAAGGUCACAUCAGAGAGACUCAGGCCUACCUCAAGAACUUCCUCACCCACCAGGAGAUUCGCUUUCAGCAGCUGGGCAUCUCCACGUUCUGCAGGCUGCAGGAAGAUCCAGAAUUUUGUUUAGCAUUCAGAAAAAGCCAAAUGACCGAACUUCUUGAACAGGUCCGUCAACAAACAGAAGAAACUCAAGAGCUCCUUAGGGCAGCUCUUCGCCACGCAGACAGUUAA